UCGACCAACCUAUUCAUGAUUCGGUAAAAACCGACUUAAACCCUCGAGAAAAAUCUGAACAAGCAAAAAAGCUUUCAUUUUUUCUCAACGACCAAACGAAGAGUUUAGAGAGAGAGAGAGAGAGAGCGAGCGAUCGCCAUGAGAAGAGUCGCCAUUCUCGCGUCCUCUUCGUCCGCAAUCCUCUCACGAACCCUCGCCACCGCUCAAGGUGGAGCCACUUCCACGCCCGCCGUUCACAGCCGCCUUCUUCAGGUGGCGUUGUACGGAAGUGGCGCCGGAGAGGGAUUUUCCCAUGCUCGCAGGCGGCGUCCUAUCUUCGGUUCCUUUACUGGGUCUGGUCGGAAUUCGUCUGUUGGUGUCGCUGGAGCUCUGAUCUCGGUCGCUGCCGUUUCUGCGACACUCUCUCAGGAAGUCCACGCUAAGGAACCACCUCCGCCUGAGCUCGUCCCCAAGGAUGUCAUUCUUUAUCAGUACGAAGCUUGCCCUUUUUGCAACAAAGUGAAAGCAUUUUUGGACUACUAUGAUGUACCCUACAAAGUUGUGGAGGUCAACCCAUUAAGUAAGAAAGAGAUCAAGUGGUCUGAUUAUAAGAAGGUCCCAAUACUGAUGGUUGAUGGUGAACAGCUGGUUGACUCAUCAGCUAUAAUUGAUCAGUUGGAUGCCAAAAUUCAUUCCAAGAAAGUAGCUAAGUCUUCGUCAGAGGAUGAUGAUGAAGAGACAAAGUGGCGCAAGUGGGUUGAUAAUCAUUUGGUGCAUGUGUUAUCACCAAACAUUUACCGAAAUACAUCAGAGGCCCUUGAAUCAUUUGACUAUAUCACGAGCAAUGGUAACUUUAGCUUCACUGAAAAACUUACAGUGAAGUAUGCAGGGGCCGCAGCCAUGUACUUUGUGUCCAAGAAGCUGAAAAAGAAAUAUAACAUUACUGAUGAACGUGCUGCCCUGUAUGAAUCAGCAGAAACAUGGGUGGAUGCUCUGAAUGGGCGAGAGUUUCUUGGGGGCUCCAAGCCUAAUCUAGCUGAUCUUGCUGUCUAUGGGGUUCUAAGACCGAUCCGUUAUCUGAAGUCUGGUAGAGACAUGGUGGAGAACACACGAAUUGGGGAAUGGUAUAGGAGAAUGGAGAAUGCUGUGGGAGAGUCUGCAAGGAUAAAGGCAUGACUGCAUUUUGUUGUGCUUUUAUAGAUGGACUCUCUGCUUCAUUUUGAGUUUGCAGAUUCUAUGAGCAAACUAUAUACAAUAGAAGAGUGAGGAGAGAUUUUUCAACCAACAUUCUUAGUCAUUGGCCAGUAGAUGACCCUUACUAUUGGUGAUAAAUGCCACUGGCGCCUAUGCAAAAUUUUGCUAUUAAAAGUGUUAUUAUUUGGAAAACCCAAAUCAUAUUUUUUCUCUCACAACAUAAUGUUUAUUCAUACAACACGUGAAUCUAUUAAUCAGCAGUACAAGGAAUAAAUAAAUUUCAGAUUAUGACUUGUGAAUUUGACCAGGGUUAUUGUAAUUUUAUAAUAUUGAAUAUGAGUAUUUUAGUUUUGUUGGUUUUUAGUA